ACACUCAUUUGGUCCAACCCAAUCAAUCUAUCUAACUAUAAAAGCCAAACACGCCCACUAUAAAACCCUAGCUACCUCUUCUCUCCACUCGCCGAGGAACCCUAAUUCGCAUUUUCAGAGAGAUUCACUUCCUCCCUCGAGAUGAGUAAAGAGGUGAAGACAAAUGUUCCAGAGUCUUUUCUGAAGAAACAGAAAAGAGCAGAAGAAUGGGCUUUGGCUAAAAAUCAAGAAUUUGAAGCUGCCAAGAAGAAAAGAGCUGAGAACCGUAAGCUGAUCUACAGCAGAGCUAAGCAGUAUUCUCAGGAAUACGAGGAACAGGAAAAGGAAUUGAUUAGUUUGAAGCGUGAGGCUAAGCUCAAAGGUGGAUUUUAUGUUGAUCCAGAGGCUAAGCUCUUGUUCAUUAUUCGUAUUCGUGGUAUUAAUGCCAUGGACCCAAAAACAAGGAAGAUCUUGCAACUAUUUCGAUUGCGUCAGGUUUUUAAUGGAGUUUUCCUUAAAGUCAACAAAGCAACAUUGAACAUGUUGCACAGGGUUGAGCCUUAUGUGACUUAUGGAUACCCUAAUUUGAAGAGUGUUAGGGAACUCAUUUACAAGAGAGGUUAUGGAAAGCUUGACAGGCAGAGAACUCCUCUCACCGACAACUCAAUCAUUGAGCAGGGACUUGGAAAGCAUGGAAUCAUAUGCAUUGAAGAUCUUAUCCAUGAGAUCUUGACUGUUGGACCCCAUUUCAAGGAGGCAAACAACUUCCUUUGGCCAUUCAAGCUCAAGGCUCCUUUGGGUGGCUUGAAGAAGAAGAGGAACCACUAUGUUGAAGGAGGUGAUGCUGGAAACCGUGAGAAUUACAUCAAUGAGCUCAUCAGGAGAAUGAAUUAGACUGUUGUACUGUUUAAUCAUUUAUUAGAGGCAAUCAGUAUUUCUUUGUUGGUUUUAGAUCAAGAUCGUUUGCGCAUCUGGAAUUUUGGGAAUAGCAAAUUUGACUUCUAUACAUUGUUUUUGCAAUUUUGAAUUUGUUUAUUAUGAGACUGAUGAGUUAUAUUUCUAUGUUAAUGAUAAGCUAUCUGUUGUGUUUUGUUUGUUA